AUGGGCAACACGGCCUCGUGCUGCGUCUCGUCCAGCCCCAAGCUGCGGAGGAAUGCCCACGCCCGGCUCGAGUCCUACCGGGCGGACGGCGCCGCGGGCUCCGAGCUCAGCCGCGAAGACACCGGCUGCAACCUCCAGCACAUCAGCGACCGGGAGAACAUCGACGAUCUGAACAUGGAAUUUAACCCAUCAGAUGAUCCAAGGGCCAGACCAAUAUUCCUCAGCAAAUCUCAAACAGAUGUGAGAGAAAAGCGGAAGAGUCUCUAUGUAAACCACCAUCCUCCUGGUGAAUUGAGAAGGAAAUACAGUUCCUGUUCCACUAUUUUCCUGGAUGACAGCACAGUCAGUCAGCCCAACCUCAAGUAUACAAUUAAAUGUGUAGCUCUUGCAAUAUAUUACCACAUCAAAAACAGGGACACAGAUGGAAGGAUGCUCCUAGAUAUUUUUGAUGAAAACCUCCACCCCCUAUCGAAAUCCGAAGUGCCGCCAGAUUAUGACAAACAUGACCCAGAGCAAAAACAGAUCUAUCGCUUUGUCCGGACAUUGUUCAGCGCUGCUCAACUGACUGCCGAAUGUGCCAUUGUCACCCUGGUAUAUCUUGAAAGACUAUUAACUUACGCAGAAAUAGAUAUUUGUCCAGCAAACUGGAAGCGAAUAGUGCUGGGUGCAAUUCUACUGGCAUCAAAAGUUUGGGAUGACCAGGCAGUGUGGAAUGUGGACUACUGUCAGAUCCUGAAAGAUAUCACGGUUGAGGACAUGAACGAGUUGGAACGACAGUUUCUUGAGUUGCUGCAGUUCAACAUCAACGUCCCUUCCAGUGUUUAUGCCAAGUAUUACUUUGAUUUGCGGUCCCUGGCUGAAGCAAACAACUUGAGCUUUCCACUGGAGCCCCUCAGCAGGGAAAGGGCAUGUAAACUUGAGGCCAUCUCUCGCUUGUGUGAAGACAAGUAUAAGGACUUCAGGAAAUCUGCAAAGAAGCGUUCAGUCAGUUCGGACAAUCUAACUGUAGUUAGAUGGUCACCUGCUAUUAUCUCCUAACAGUGAAGCCCAGGAUAUUCCUCCGAAAGUACUGUUUCUAUCACCAACUUUGGGCGGAAGGGGUGUUUCGGUUCUUCUUCUUUCUUCGUUCUUGGCUUUUCUUAUUUUUAGAUCUGCCUUUACAGUGCCUCCCCCGUUGAGUAGCACACAAGAAUAAAUAUAAGGAUUGGAGAGGACGAGCAGUACUUUGGAAGCAAACCGGUUUUGUUACUUACUACAGAUCCUGUCCUCUUUCAUAAAGAAGUAAAUGCAUACCUAUACUUGGAAGACAAAAAGGCAAGAAAGGUGUCAUUUUAAAAAGAGAGAGAAAGAUUGUCGGCAGACAGAGCGCCAUGAGAACGACAACAAGAUAAACUUGGAAGAAAUACCACAAGAAGUUGGAAGUGAUUCAUGUUUCUUUUGGUAUCUUCUAUUGUUUUACUGGGGUGUGUUUUUUUUGUAUUCCUUCUUAGUUGCUUUCCUUGAUUCUAAAAGCAACAGCUGUGAAGAAGGCAGGAUCUACAGUAGCACAACAAAAGCCUAUGGACUGGACAACAUUGGUUGGUUUCUUCUUUCCUCUCCCACCCAACACACUGCGCUUUUUUUCAUAAGCUGUUCAAUGAGUUUUUCCCUCUAAUAAUUAUGUGUAUUUUGUUUCUUGUAUGCCUUUGUUGUAUUUUUGAAAACAACAUUUGACUUGAUUUAUAGUGCUGAACCAAAAGUAUACAAAAAAGAGAUCAGGUGAUCAUUUGUAACUUCAUCUUCUUUCCCCCCUUAUUUAUACAGCAACCAGGUACAUGGUGCUUCCUGAUGCGUCAUGAAUACUGUCUGUUUCAUAGUAAAUGUGGCUGCAUGUGCCUUCCUACAUUCUUUGGGAUAGUUUAUUUUUCCUUACUAUAAAAGUUAUGAUUGUUGGAAGGAUACAGAUGAUAGUAAAACUGGGGCCAAGGAGGUUACAUUUGCAUUGCAUAUGGUAAUCCUUUUUGUAGGAUUUUCAUAGCAUGUAGAGAUUUAGCAGAGUUUAAGUGCGAGAGAUGGAAAGAGAGCCAGUCUCCUUUUGUACGGCCCAGUUGAUUUCCUUCAUUUCCUGGUUCAAUGUUGCAAGCAAUAGCCUCAAGUUUUUUAUAUGUUUACUUUAAAUGGAAACCAAUCUCUUUGUAUAAAAAUAGAAAAAUUAAAAAAAAUUGUUCUAGUGAAAAGGGGUCCAUGGAAGAAGUAGAAAAAACUAUAUUAAUUUUACGAAGUGUUUUGUCACAGGUUAGAUUUCAGAAUAAAAACAACCUGUUUUUAAAAAUUGCAUUUUUUCAGUGUAGGUGCUUACAGAAAUUUAAACAAAAUGCAAACUGUGAAGAAAAUUUUGUUGCUUUGUUGAUUAUAUUGUACUUUUUCGUUGUUACUACUGGAUCCCUUUCCUUCCUUUCCUUAACAGGAUAAAUGGGUUGAAUGCCCACUUUUUGAAAGAAAUAUAACAAAUUAUGUUAUCUCUGUAAAACUGCUUGUGCUCUACACAAGUGUCUGAAUUUUUUGCACAUUUGAAAAAAAAACAACAUGCCAUUUUAUUAUACAGAAAACAAACAAACCAAAAGCAGACAUAACUACAUUUGUGGAAUUCCAUGAACUGUUGUGUGCAAGAAUGGUUAAAACAGAUGAUAUUGACCACACUGUGUUGGCUUUAUUUUGUGUGCACUAAUGGAGCGAACCAUGAAACGUCCAUGCCACCAGGAAGUUCUGCACAAUGCUCACGCCCCCCAAUUCUUCCUGUACUGUUAUAACUAGCUCCCAGUCACUUCAUUGGAGGCAUGUCUAGGGUAAAUUCCCCCCUGCCCAAUAUGCUUCUGAACACUUCCCAUUAGUUUCAAUAGUAUCUCACAUAGGAGACUUGCCCAUACACAUUCCUAUAUCUGAUCUCAUAGAGCCUUAAAAUCCCAUUUCAUCACAUGUUUACUUGAGUGAAAGGUUUGAACGGUUGCAUGGAGUAUUUUCCAUGUGAAGGUACACCCAUGUGGCUUCAAUUUUAGGGAGCAGGAAUAGGUUCCUGUGGUUUGAUUUGUCUAUAGUCAGGGGCCUGGAACCAAUGAAGAGGCAUCAUCGUUGGUCUUGUGAUUGCUUGCAAAAAUAAACACUACAAAUAGCCUUUUAAACCAGUUGGCUACUUAUCUCCUUGUCAGUAAUAGUGGCUAUAUGAGGAUCAUAAAAUGGUUGGUUCUUACUUCAUAUGAAAUAAUAUUACCCCUCUUUGGAUCUCAUAUGAAUUAGUGCUCCCUAAGGUCCCAUCUACACUGCCAUAUCAUCCAGUUUCUGACGCCAGGCUAUCUGCUUUGAACUGGAUGAUAUGGCAGUGUAGAUCCAGCCCAAGAUGUUUCUUUCUUGGUUCUAUGGUGUCCAUAGUAGAGGGAACUGCUGAUGGGGUGCGUCUUGGAUGUAUUUGGGUCCAGACCAUUAAAACUAUUAUUGGAUGGCGACGCCCUGACAAUACUAAUUGCCUUAAAAGGGCAGGGCACUGAUGAGGUUGAAUUGCUAAUAAUUAAGCAUUUUCUGCUACCUUUCUAACAUAUGCUACGUAACAUGGAGAUUUUGCUCACUGCUUCCAACAGUUCAGUCCUUUUUUCUUGUCGUUGUGCCAAUAUCUCAAAACUCAAGUUUUGGGGCCCCAUCCUAUCUAGCCUUCGCCUUUUCCUUUUUUCUUGAAUGGAAUGUUUUGAAAGGUAACAUUUAAAUAAGAUGAGUAAAAGAGGGAAGGAGGAGGACUCAGCUUUUGAUAGAAGUGAAUUGCAGCCCCAACAUCAAAUAUAUAGAUACAAUUUUUACAACCACUUGUUUUAUCAAGACUUUGUGAAACAGUAUUUGGGUUGACUUUUCUACCAAGAGACUUUAUGUUCUGUAUUAUGGGAUGGAGAUCAAGGAAGAGGAAGGUUUGCAUUAUGUAAAAUUCUCAAUGCAUCUACUAUAAUUUUGUGAGGUUUAUUAAACAACUUUAAAGAUUGUAUAGUCUAUUUAUUGUAUGUAUGUACAUACAGUCUGAUACUUAAAAUUUCAAGUGGAUUCCAUAGAACCUGGCUCAGUCUUGUUUAGACUAUUGGAUAUCGUUUUAGCCUUGUGCACUGGAUUCUACCUCUGUAUAGGAGAAUUUUCCAUAUUCUUCAAUUAGUACUGAUUCUGUGAUUUAACUUGGUUAUGUUUCUUGCACUAAAAAUUAAAAAAAGAGAAAUCUACUGUUAAA